AUGUUGGCGGAAUGAUUACAUUUAUUUAAGCGUGGGUUGAAGAAGAAGAAACGUGGAAUUUAUUGUUAUAAUUGUACAUUGAUUUAUUUCGUAUCUAGAAUCUCUAUUUUUACAUCGAUAUGGAUGACGAGGAUGAGACAUAUAAGUUGUGGCGCAUCAGAAAAACGGUAAUGCAAUUGUGUCACGAUAGAGGUUACCUCGUAACGCAGGAUGAAUUGGAUCAGACGUUGGAACAAUUUAAAGAUCAAUUUGGCGACAAACCGAGCGAGAAGAGACCAGCUAGAAGCGAUCUCAUUGUUUUAGUAGCGCAUAAUGAUGAUCCUACCGAUCAAUUGUUCGUCUUCUUCCCAGACGAGCCAAAGAUUGGCAUCAAGACCAUAAAAACCUAUUGCCAACGCAUGCAAGAGGAGAAGAUUCACAGAGCGAUUAUUGUGGUCCAGCAAGGUAUGACACCUUCAGCUAAACAAUCAUUGGUAGACAUGGCACCAAAAUACAUACUGGAACAAUUUCUGGAAUCUGAGUUAUUGAUCAAUAUUACUGAACAUGAAUUGGUACCCGAGCAUAUUGUCCUAACUCCGGACGAGAAAGAGGAACUGCUAACAAGAUAUAAGCUAAAGGAGAAUCAAUUGAUGCGAAUACAAGCAGGCGAUCCAGUAGCACGGUACUUUGGUCUUAAGCGUGGACAAGUUGUUAAGAUCAUUAGGCCAUCAGAAACUGCAGGAAGAUAUAUAUCCUACAGGCUAGUUUGUUAAGGGAAGGAAGACGAAAAAAUAUAUCAAAGAGGAGACAAACAUCGUUAUUAAAACCAGCGGAAUAAAGAGCGUGAUUGCGAAAUGCGAGUUUCCGUUUCUAGGAUUUAUCGCGGUCGAUUGAUAAAGCUAAAAGCGUACGACAGCAGGAAGUCUCCCGAAUGGCACACUCGCUAGCAUGUAAUAAACGAGUAGACUGGUCACUCGUUAUACUAGUUGCGAGAUAAAUGCUACCGGUAUAGCUUGUAAUCUCGCGACGCUGCUAUUCGAAGGAGUAUAAUCGGUACCGUUUGGGCACAAGUAAACAAAGCACACGCGGC